AGCUAGCAUAAAGCAGUUCAUGUGUGGUGUGAAGUAGUGGUGCGUCGCUCCUCCGCAGUUAUUUGAAGUGUUUAUCUGAAGUUGUUGACUGUUUUUUUCUAAAAUCUCGAUAUUGGAUCGAUCAAUAAUUAAUGAUUGAGAAAUCGAUGAUGUCCAAAAUCAUGAAUUUGAAGAGGAAUUCAUCAUUCCGUGACGUAGCAACUAUCGGUCGACGGCACUUGUUUUCCGCGUAAAGUCGGCGGGAGACGAUCGCGGUACAGCGACGGGCAACAUAACCGGUAGGGAACUAACUUCUUGAUGCUACAUACCUGGUGUACUGCAGCUGAGCAGAUUUUCCCAGGCUAUACAUUCCUCUUGCCACUCUAGUCGUGUAUAGUUACUUUUCUACACAUUUUGCUCUGUAUAUAAACUAUUUAAAGAAAUAGAACUGGACGCUUUGAAAAGGGACGAACUGUGAUUUUUUUUGGUGUGGUCCCAAUGUUGAUCUCUGAAGACGCUAUGCAGACUGAGAAUGAGAAGUCUCAGUCGCCCCAUGCUGUCACAAAGCCCCAGCCCUGUCACAGGGCGACAGACUUUUCCAUUGCCGCUAUUAUGGCACGACAGAUAUCUACUGGACCCAAAAAACGAACUCCUGAUCCCACUCUUUCUGAUUUUCGUACACCACCUUGUAAUGGAGAAUCGGAUGUCCGGCCACCGCCUCGACUCAAACCGGACUCCGCCGUCCUGUCCCCUCGCUCCUCCUCCGUAUCUUCGGACCUGGACGAGACUCCAUCACCCAGGCCCGGUUCAUCCCGCCCCAGUUCGGAAGCUGGGGACCGGGAUUCCCCUACACCGGCCGCCGCCACCCGCCCAUCGCACAACCCGUUUGCAGCGGGUCUCAAACCCCGCUGUAACAGCGAGGCUCUGCAGGGGGUGGACUGCGUCCUGGAGAACAAGGACCUCUGGGACAAAUUCCACGAUCUCGGAACUGAGAUGAUUAUAACCAAAUCAGGAAGGCGGAUGUUUCCCACUGUGAGGGUUUCCUUCUCGGGUACAGAAAUGCACACAAAGUACUGGGUGUACAUGGACAUUGUGCCUGUGGACAAUAAAAGGUACAGGUAUGCUUACCACAGGUCGUCGUGGCUUGUGGCUGGAAAAGCUGAUCCUCCUUCGCCUUCGAGGUUGUACCUGCACCCGGACUCUCCUUUUACAGGAGAACAGCUCAAGAAACAGAUUGUUUCGUUCGAGAAAGUCAAGCUGACGAAUAACGAAAUGGACAAGCAAGGACAUAUUGUUUUGAAUUCUAUGCACAGGUAUCAACCUAGGAUACAUUUAGUAAAGAAACCAGGCAAUUCAACAUUAUCUUCUCCGUCAGAACUGGAAAAUGAAGAAUUUCGAACUUAUAUUUUUCCUGAAACGGUGUUCACAGCAGUCACGGCAUACCAAAAUCAACUGAUAACCAAAUUAAAAAUCGACAGCAAUCCAUUUGCCAAAGGAUUCAGAGACUCUUCUAGACUAACGGAAUUAGAAAGUUUUGAGCCUCAACUAAAUAUGUAUUGCUCUUCCAGGGAGACAAUGGAGUCCUUGAUGACAGAGCAUACAUAUUCGAGAACUCCGCUGAGACCUUUCCUCGACAUGGAACGAGAAGACUUCUUAUUUAUGCGUGAUAAAGCAGAAGCUCUUGGCUACGCUUCUAGACACCCUUUCUUUCCCCUCCAGUCCUGGAGACCACCGAAUCCUGGUUAUCCACCAGGAGAUUCGUACCAUCUUUUGUCGUCUCAGGUUAGUUGCCUACCACCACACUCCUAUGCACUGUCUCGAGCUGCUGGGGGGAUGGUGUUGCCACCACAGAUGCUACAGCACUGGGCCAGCAGUCCAUCAUCUCUUUCUGGACUUAGUCAAUACAAUAUGUUGAUGAACAAUAUGGCAUCUGGCUCUUGCCCCCCUCCUGUCAGUGCCCUAAGGCCUUUAGCUAGUCAUCCAACCUCAGUGGACGGAUCCCCAAACCAUAGGUACAUGCCUUAUAUGUACACCAGAAAAGAACAGACCAAUGGUAGCGAUCCAGGGACAUCUUCACCAAAUAUGAGAUGAGAAAAUGACUCUUUCUGUAAGUCUUGAUGUACAUAUAGAGCUGCUGUAUGAUCACAGACAGACGUUUCGUCUCGAGCGGCAUUGGUCUCCAGUUCUGGCUUCAGAUUUGGUAAAAAAUAGCAAAGAAAUCAUUCUUGUUGACUGGUGGUUUAAGAGUCAAUGCAAAAGACCCAGAAGUUCGAAAUGUGAGAACAGUUUCUCACUUGCAAUCGUCAGAUGUGUUCAUUCAUUAUCUUUCCCAUCAUGUUUAAAGAAUUUUGCAUUUUUUUUAUUGAUCACCAUUAUAUUUUCACACGCAUUACUUUAAAAAAAAUCAAUAGUUGCCAAUCUUAUCAAUACUAUUUCCGGAAUCCAUCAUGUCAGCAAGCAAUGACUGUUCUAAACGUAAAUUAAGUAUUUAAUUGUUAGUUUUAAACUGUAGUUUAAAAUUUUUAUUUUUAUCGGCAUUUAAAUCAGUAUAUUUUAUUUAUUUAUUUGCUAUUUUAUAGUAAUCAAUAGAAAUCGUUUUAAGAAUAGUCCUGUCUUUGUUGGAAUAAAAUUAUUUUAAACAUGCCUUGCAAAUUUGAAUUUACAAACAUAAAAAAUGCAAGAUCUCAAAAAGAUUUUCUGAAUGGAAUUGUUUUUGGAUGGAAUUCGGAACACAGAUAUCCUCAUGUUAUGAGUUCAAUUAAUGGUAAUAAAGCAAAAUACAGACAAAUUUUGUUAUAUCCAAUAAUUCCAUAUUCUGACUCUAUGGAAGAUAUUUAUUUUUUGGCAGAUCGCAGUAGAGAGCCCAAUACUAAUCGUUAGAUAUGACACAAAGUAUCUGGCAAAUAGUCUUCGAGAUUUGACUAAACAUUGCAUCGCUGAGCUUAGUACUUAGUACAUUUCUACGACGCCGUGCAUUUAAUACCACAUGCCAAUGCAUUGUGGGACUCGCUGGAAUUAUGUAUGGUGUUUAAGAUUCGAACUAUAAACCUUGUUGCUGCCAUUUUAAACAUUCGGUUUUAUUUAGACACUUCAGUUUUAAACUAACCACCUUAACAGAGGAUGGCGUCUCCAUUCUUAAAGCAUCAUAUAUAAAGUUAUAAAAAUACAAAUUAUUUGAAAUCGAUCGAUUUGGUCUUUUUUUUUUUUUUCAACAAAAGAAAUUUGUUGAUUCGGAUAAUGAUCUUUUUUUUAUCAUUUAACAAAUAGCUUAGUUGUGCCUUUAUUUCUCUAAAUGAAAAUAACUUCCAAAUUCUGAUUCGAGAAUUAAGUGAAAUCCUUGAAGUCUAACCCACACAUUUUUGCUGAAAUAGAAAUUGUAUUCUUUGACUUUUCAUCACCAGAACUAUUUGCCAUCUAUCCCCCUUACAGUAAAUAUAAAUAAGAUAAAAGAUGCCAUCGAUCUCCAUAAAAGAUAUUUAAAAAUGAAAAAUAUUAGUUCAUUAUUCUAGUCAUCUGCUUUAAAAAUAGAAAUUUUGAACAUAAAACUCAUUAUAUAGACUGACUCAGUCAGUCUAUGUAAUGUUGAAUGGAAAUAAUCUCAUCUGCGCAUGAAAGGAGAACUCAUAGCAAUAAUUUUUUAUUUUAUCAGCUGAAAACAUUAGAAAGAAUCUGUAAAAAUUAUUGAACAGAUUAAAAUAACCAAUACUGUAAAAAAAAAAAAAAAAUGCUGGUCUAAUUCAUAAUUAAAUAAUUAUUCUAUUUUUCCCAAUCAGGAACUCGGUAUGAUGGGUUGCCAUUAAAACAUCAAUAAGAAUUGAGAAAGUAUUCUAAAUUGCAUCAGUUAAAAAUUGUAAAUUUUAGAACUGAGGACGGUAGUUACGACAGUGACUUUAAUGCUGCAUAAAUGAGAGCACAUUGAAAAAGAAAGUUGCAAUAUAUAUAUAAUAUUUAUGUACCAAAAGAUUCACAGAUUUCUCUUUUGUUACGUAUGUUCCUUAUAAACAUGUAUACGUCUUUCACACAUGAUGUGUCGAUGAUAAUCUAGCAUUAUAUUGUACCAAAGAUUCUGUGAUUUUAUGUUUUUUGUGGAAAUACAAUUGUAAUAAUGUUGUAAUAUAUUUAUACUUAUCAAUUAUAAGAAAAUUAUUUUCUGACCUGUUUCUUUAUAUUUAUAGAUAAAAGAUUACGAAUAAAAAUUAGUAAUUUUUUAUCACUCUGAAAUAGUACAGAAGUAAUUGUAACAUAGAAAAUUUUCAACGAUGAAAAUUUAGACCAGGGCUUCUUAAACAAAGGAUCUCAAGCUUGUAAAAUCAUGUAAAACGAAAUCAGGAUCUAAAAUUAUUCAAAAAAAUUUUUAAAUCCGGAAUUUAUAAUGUUAUUUUUUUAUCGAUAAUACUUUAUACCAUUUGAUUUAAAAAAUUGUCAUGUGAUAAUUUUAAAUCGAAUGAAAUUUUCGACUAAUCUAUCAAAAAUUAUUAGUUCGUCUCUUCGUUGACUUUUUUAAUUUUGACACAUAGAAAACUCAUUUUGCAAGGGAAAGAUGUUGAGAAAGCGAAACAAAAAAAGUGUUUAAGAAGCCCUGAUUUAGAAAUAAAAAACUUCAAGCAAUGAUUUUGAUGUUUGGAUGUAAAAAAAAUUAUGUGCAUAUGAUCUUCAAACUAGCAUUUUUUUAUAUUGUGUUUAUAUAUAAAAAGAAAUUCGAAAAAAUGUAGAUAAUAUAAAUUUAGUGCUGAGUGUUGUGAUCAGAAAUUAUGUAAGAUGCCUAAAAUUAUUUAUGUUUUAUUAUUAGCAUUUAUCUGAAUGAUGUGGCAAUGCUUGAAAUCGGAAAGAAUGUUCAUAUUUGUAAAAUAAGAUUAUUGCAUUUCUGGGCAUUCGAAAAAUAGCUAUUUCCGAAUUAAAGCAUCAUUUUUGUGAUGA